AGUGGCGUUUCCGCUCGGGCAGCGGGCUGAGUGAGCUGCCGCCGCCGCCGCCGCUGCCGGGGGAGGGGCGGCCGCCGCCCGCCUGCGCUCAGAGACUCACGCAGCCCCAGUCCCGCCAGUCCGCCAACACAGUAGUGCCGGCCCCUCUCUUUCCCUGGCCCUCCCCCCUCCCCGCCUUUGGCUCGCUCCGCCUUUCUGCCCCCCACCCCCACCUCACGGGUACGGGCCAUUCCCGGCCAGGAAACGCCGUGGCGCCGCGUUGGGCCUAACUCGAGUCCUGCCGCCUCCCGGGAGUGCCGUGCGCCGCAGCCCGGGCCUAGGCCCUGGCAGCGCCUGGGACAAGGUCUUCAGAACUACUAGCAGAUAAUUUGGAGGGACUUCAUAUUCAGAAGUCUAUAUAAAGGAUUCCUCAUGUCCAUAACAUGUUGGAUAACGCUCUGCAGCUCACCCCCACUCUCAGAGUGGUCAGUCUCCAUUAAUUGGACCCCGUGAUUUCCAAUCUCUGCUGUGUUGGACGUCAUGAGCAUUGCAAUCCCUCUGGGAGUCACCACACCAGAUACAUCCUACUCAGAUAUGGCUGCUGGAUCAGAAAAGGAAGUGGAAGCCCCCUACCUUUCAAGACGAAGUGGCACUACACCAGGAUGUGAAAGUCCAGCGAAAGAGACCCAAGGGGCCUAGGGGGCAGCACACCCCCAGAAGCCAAGUCUAUUCCAGGCAGUACCAGGGAUUAGGGUCUGGGCUGGAAAAAUCCUGGUGUUUUGAAUAUGUUCAGGUCCAGUUCAGACUCUUGAUCCCACAGCCACUUCUUGAGUGAGGGUAUCCUGUCUUGGUAGUGAAUGGAAGAGGGCCUGGUCCCUGGGGCAGUGCAGAAGGCACUUUCAUCAUCUCACUCACUGCAAAUGUCAUGUGAGGUUUCAUGGAAGUAUUAAGAGAUCCAAUUAAGAAGAAUAGUUCUGAGUCUAAACCAGCCCAGAGUGGCUUCUCUAGGGGAAACUCCCCGCUCAGCUGCCCUGAAUCUGUGGAGGCUAGUCCAGCAGUUAAUGAGAAGAGCGUGUAUUCCACUCAUAAUUAUGGGACCACUCAGAGGCAUGGGUGUCGAGGACUGCCUUAUGCUGAUCAUAAUUACGGAGCCCCUCCUCCUCCGACACCUCCUGCUUCUCCCCCUGUCCAGACGAUCAUCCCUCGUUCUGACCUGAAUGGCCUGCCGUCGCCCGUAGAGGAACGCUGUGGAGACAGCCCGAACUCUGAAGGAGAGACUGUACCUACCUGGUGUCCUUGUGGUCUUUCUCAGGAUGGCUUCCUUCUCAACUGUGACAAGUGCAGGGGAAUGAGCAGGGGGAAGGUUAUUAGACUUCAUCGGCGGAAGCAGGACAACAUAUCAGGUGGGGAUAGCAGUGCAACAGAAAGCUGGGAUGAGGAGCUUUCUCCUUCCACUGUGUUGUAUACAGCAACACAGCACACACCUACAAGCAUCACCUUAACUGUUAGAAGAACCAAACCCAAGAAGCGGAAAAAGAGUCCAGAAAAGGGUCGUGCAGCACCAAAGACAAAGAAAAUCAAGGCAUUUCGAGAGGGAUCCCGGAAGUCCUUGCGGAUGAAGAAUUCUCCCUCUGAAGCACAGAAUUUAGAUGAGAAUACAACUGAGGGCUGGGAAAAUCGGAUAAGACUAUGGACUGACCAGUAUGAAGAAGCUUUCACUAAUCAGUACAGUGCAGAUGUACAGAACGCCCUUGAACAACACCUACAUUCUAGCAAGGAAUUUGUGGGCAAACCUACUAUUUUAGACACUAUUAAUAAGACUGAAUUGGCCUGUAAUAACACAGUUAUUGGUUCCCAAAUGCAGUUACAGCUGGGAAGAGUCACUCGUGUUCAAAAGCAUCGGAAGAUCCUGAGGGCUGCAAGAGAUUUGGCUUUGGACACUCUUAUAAUAGAGUAUCGUGGGAAAGUCAUGUUACGACAGCAAUUUGAGGUCAAUGGGCAUUUCUUCAAAAAACCAUACCCCUUUGUGCUCUUCUACUCAAAAUUCAAUGGUGUAGAGAUGUGUGUGGAUGCCCGUACUUUCGGUAAUGAUGCUCGGUUCAUCAGAAGAUCAUGUACACCAAAUGCAGAGGUGCGUCACAUGAUUGCAGAUGGGAUGAUUCACCUGUGCAUCUAUGCUGUGUCUGCCAUCACCAAGGAUGCUGAGGUCACCAUAGCAUUUGAUUAUGAGUAUAGUAACUGUAAUUAUAAAGUGGACUGUGCCUGUCACAAGGGAAACCGGAAUUGUCCUAUACAAAAAAGGAAUCCUAAUGCUACAGAACUGCCACUCCCACCACCUCCUCCAAGCCUACCCACCAUUGGAGCAGAGACUAGACGUAGAAAAGCACGACGGAAAGAGCUAGAGAUGGAGCAGCAGAAUGAGGCUCCAGAGGAGAAUAAUGACCAGCAAUCACAAGAAGUUCCAGAAAAAGUAACUGUAUCCAGUGAUCAUGAGGAAGUAGACAAUCCAGAAGAAAAACCAGAAGAAGAGAAAGAAGAGGUUAUAGAUGACCAGGAGAACCUAGCUCAUAGCAGGAGGACCAGGGAAGAUAGAAAGGUAGAAGCCAUCAUGCAUGCUUUUGAAAACUUAGAGAAAAGAAAGAAGCGGCGAGAUCAGCCUUUGGAACAGAGCAACUCUGAUGUAGAGAUUACUACAACCACUUCAGAGACUCCUGUUGGUGAAGAGACAAAAACUGAAGCCCCUGAAUCUGAAGUUAGCAACUCUGCUUCAAAUGUUACCACCCCAAGCACCCCACAGAGUGUUGGUGUAAAUACCCGGAGGUCUUCCCAAGCAGGGGAUAUUGCUGCAGAAAAACCAGUCCCCAAGCCACCUCCAGCAAAGCCUUCUAGGCCCCGGCCGAAGAGUCGAAUUUCUCGGUACAGGACCAGUUCAGCCCAAAGACUAAAGCGUCAGAAACAGGCCAAUGCACAGCAGGCAGAAUUGUCACAAGCUGCCUUAGAAGAGGGAGGAAGUAACAGUUUAGUAACUCCUACUGAAGCUGGAAGUAUAGACAGUUCAGGAGAAAACAGGCCAUUAACAGGGUCUGACCCAACUGUGGUGUCAAUUACUGGAUCCCAUGUCAACCGUGCUGCAUCUAAAUACCCCAAAACCAAAAAGUAUCUAGUUACAGAAUGGUUGAAUGACAAAGCAGAGAAGCAAGAGUGCCCUGUUGAGUGCCCUUUACGUAUCACGACGGAUCCAACAGUACUGGCAACGACCCUAAACAUGUUACCAGGUCUUAUCCAUUCCCCAUUAAUUUGCACCACCCCCAAACACUACAUUCGCUUUGGCUCACCCUUUAUCCCUGAGAGACGUCGAAGGCCCCUUCUGCCUGAUGGCACAUUCAGCUCCUGUAAGAAGCGCUGGAUAAAACAAGCCUUAGAAGAAGGGAUGACUCAAACAUCAUCUGUACCCCAAGAGACUAGAACUCAGCACCUAUACCAAAGUAAUGAGAAUAGUAGCUCUUCUAGUAUCUGCAAAGACAACGCAGACUUGUUGAGCCCAUUAAAGAAAUGGAAGUCUCGCUAUCUGAUGGAGCAGAAUGUCACCAAGUUACUUCGGCCUCUGUCUCCAGUCACACCACCCCCUCUCAAUUCAGGCUCAAAGAGCCCCCAGCUGGCCACGCCUGGCUCAUCUCACCCAGGAGAAGAGGAGUGUCGAAAUGGAUACAGCCUCAUGUUUUCACCAGUCACAUCUCUUACUACUGCUAGUCGCUGCAACACUCCUCUGCAGUUUGAGAACAUAUCCUCCCCUGAGAGUUCCCCUGCGCAUAGGCCCGAGUCCCUGUCACCCGAGCUUUGUCACCGAAAAGACCUGGAUUUGGCAAAAGUAGGAUACCUUGACUCCAACACUAACAGCUGUGCUGAUAGACCUUCCCUACUCAACUCUGGUCAUUCUGACCUGGCUCCUCAUCCCUCCAUCGGACCCACUUCUGAGACUGGUUUCCCAAGCAGAAGUGGAGAUGGACAUCAGACCCUCGUGAGAAACUCAGACCAGGCAUUUCGGACAGAGUUCAACUUGAUGUAUGCCUACUCCCCUUUGAACGCUAUGCCUCGAGCAGAUGGACUGUAUCGAGGUUCUCCUCUAGUGGGGGAUAGGAAGCCUUUACAUUUGGAUGGGGGAUAUUGUUCGCCUGCAGAAGGAUUUUCCAGCAGAUAUGAACAUGGCUUAAUGAAAGACCUCUCUCGUGGAUCCUUGUCACCUGGUGGUGAAAGGGCCUGUGAAGGAGUCCCAUCUGCCCCCCAGAACCCACCACAGAGGAAAAAAGUAUCCCUGCUGGAGUACCGAAAACGGAAACAAGAAGCUAAGGAAAAUUCUGCUGGUGGGGGAGGUGACUCUGCCCAGAGCAAAAGCAAGUCUGCAGGAGCUGGGCAAGGCAGCAGUAACUCCGUUUCUGACACUGGUGCCCAUGGUGUGCAGGGAUCCUCAGCCCGAACCCCAUCUUCCCCUCACAAAAAAUUCUCCCCAUCUCAUUCCUCUAUGUCCCAUUUGGAGGCGGUAAGCCCAUCAGAUUCCAGAGGCACUUCUUCAUCUCACUGCAGACCUCAAGAGAAUAUCAGCAGUAGGUGGAUGGUUCCCACAUCAGUAGAACGACUCCGAGAAGGAGGAAGCAUCCCUAAGGUCCUCCGAAGCAGUGUGAGGGUGGCCCCAAAGGGAGAGCCCUCUCCCACGUGGGAGAGUAACAUCACAGAGAAAGACUCAGACCCUGCAGAUGGAGAAGGUCCAGAGACAUUGAGCUCAGCACUCUCUAAAGGAGCAACUGUUUACAGCCCUUCCAGAUACAGCUACCAGCUCCUGCAGUGUGAUAGUCCUCGGACAGAAUCACAAAGCCUCCUUCAGCAGAGUUCCUCCCCCUUCAGAGGACAUCCUACACAAUCUCCAGGAUACAGUUAUCGAACUACUGCACUGAGACCUGGAAACCCCCCCUCUCACGGUUCUUCAGAAUCAUCCCUCUCUUCCACGUCCUAUUCCAGCCCCGCCCACCCUGUGUCCACAGACUCGUUGGCCCCAUUUACGGGGACACCAGGGUAUUUUAGCAGCCAGCCACAUUCUGGAAACAGCACUGGCAGCAAUCUUCCAAGGAGGAGCUGCCCUUCUAGUGCUGCUAGCCCUACCCUGCAGGGACCCUCAGACUCGCCAACCUCAGACUCGGUUUCUCAGUCCAGCACAGGAACUCUGAGUUCCACCUCCUUUCCUCAGAACUCUAGGUCAUCAUUGCCAUCAGACUUACGGACUAUCAGUCUGCCCAGUGCUGGGCAGUCAGCUGUCUACCAGGCCUCCAGGGUAUCUGCGGUUUCCAAUUCACAGCACUACCCACACCGUGGGAGUGGGGGUGUGCACCAGUACCGACUCCAGCCACUGCAAGGGUCAGGAGUCAAGACUCAGACAGGACUUUCCUAGGGCUUCUGGAUUUGGGCAAACAGAACUGAAUGAGCCCAUAGCUGCUUCCUUCCAGCUGCCUCUGGAACCUAGGCCGAGCAUAUUGCUGGGGAAGGGGGGAUACAAGGUGCCAGAGGAUUGGGUCUGGUGGACAAGAAACAAGACUUGUGGUCACAAUUGGCCUCUGGCCUUGGAGAAAGAUGUAAAUCUUGUCUGAAGCAGAGACUAUAAAGAAGUUUCUCCCUGCUGUCAAGGGUACAUUGUUGACAAGCAAAUGGUGUUUCAGUUAGUAACGGUUCUAAGUGCAAUGAGUUGUGUUGAAGCCUCCGUCUCCCAUCCUUGCCUGUAGCCUGUAGUCACUUGUGCAGUGAGGACAUCUUUUUAAAAUUUAAAAAAAAAAAAAAAAAAAAAAAAAAGUUUUCAAAGGAAAAAAAGUGAAAAGAGCCAAUCUCAAAAGCCCCAAGCCAUCUGAGUACUGUUAGGGUUUUAUGCACUUAAGAAAAAAGGUAGGUAUAUAAAUGUUCAUCCUAAGACAACCAUUCCAAAAGCAGGUAUCUGGCCAAUGUGUGUCCACCAAGAAUACUGCCUAUCUGUGUCUUAAGAUCAUCAAGAAAUAGGCAGGGAUAGUAAAGCUUGGAACCUGCACCAACUGGAGGGUGCCUGGCUCUUCGAAGAAACGCUCAUGGUCAGCUCUUGAUUAUUCGGGAGCAGAUUAUCUGAGUAGAUUGAGCCUCCAACUGUUGCUAUCCUACUCCCCCUUCCCAAGCUAUUUCGCAGCUCAGUAACCCAUGAAGUAAGUAGACAAGGAAAAGAGGAAUGAGACAGGAUAUAGGCCAAUUGCAUUGCUACUUACCAGCUUUUGGCAAUGAAUUUGAUUAGGAAGGAUACCGAGUGGUUUGGGAAUGCUUCGAAUUUUAUUUUUUCUACUCCCAAUUAAUCAGGAGUUGAUGAUCCCAUGAGCAGAACCGCCUCCAUAAUUGGGGAGCAUGCACUUGUGACUGCAGGGUAAGAGUGGGAAGAUAGGUUUGUGGAGUGGCACCGACAGGACUGUGAUUGUGUGUGGGCCCGCCCCACAUUUCUUUGGGGGAUGCUUAUGUGAGAGUGGGCCCAGUGAAAGAGUUACCAAGCCACCCACACCCCUAACACUGUUCUGGAUGAGAGACGAGAGCAGACCGGCUUCUCCCCAUCAGUGCAUUGUGCCUGUUGUACACCCCUGGAGGAGCCCUGGAGCCAGCCCAGGUGGGGUACACAAUCUUUUUAAAUUCCAUAUGGUUGCCAGCUUAUUUCUUUCACUUGUUUACUGUAAUAUCUGGCGUGUUUUUAUUUAUCUAAUUUUGUAUUCAGUUAUAACCAUGGUAGGGGUAGUGAAUAUAUGACAGGUGUAAUCCCUGGUGCUGCAGUGGACCUUCUUUUCUUUUGGACAAGAUAAUACUGUGAGUUUCCCUCCUUCCUUCCCUCUAAUUUGUUUUCCUUUUCUCCCCCAGCCUCUUGCAUCCCCUUCUUUUCUACCCUGUCCUACAACUAUCAUAUGCACAGUCUUCUCUCUUUGUGUGUGACUGUUACAAAAUUUCACUUUUCAAAAUCGAAAUCAGGUGUUUGCUCAAAUGAGGGGAGAUUUUUUUUUUUUUUAAUGCUGAGACCUCAGCAGAGUACUUUUCUUUUUGUUGUUUCCCCCACAAACCCAUCAGUCUGGGAGAGCAUUGGGAGUGGAAAUCAUGUUGCCUGGGAUGCUGGUUUCUUUGUAUAUUAUAUAAAACGUAUGUAAAUGUCUCUCCAUUUGGGCUGGGGUUUGCAUUCUCCCCUUGGCUAUUAACCAAGGGGAGAGGCCAGCGGGCAGGCGGCCCUCACCCUGCCUGGCACGUGCAGAGACCCCAGCCACUCUGUGUGGGCAGGGUGCUGUCAAGACCAGACCUCUUGGGGGGGUAGGGGCGGGGGGGUGGGGGGAACUCUUGGAAGGGAAGAAGUAUCACUUCUUUCUCAAGUGGAGUGUUUACACCUUGCUGUAACAUUUGAACUUUCACAAGAGAUGUAAUAAUUUUGAUAAUAAAAUUCUUAACCAUAA